CUCCUCCUGUGAGGCAAAGAGGUCGGAGCGUGAAGCUGAGCACUCACCUCCAUCUAGCAUCGAGAAUAAGAAUGCUUGAAGCUUGACGCUCAACAACUCUGAGGUGUGUCAGAUCCUCUCUGUGCAAGACAAUACUCCUAAGGAAUCAAAGACCACAUCAAACGUCUCCUGCAGGAAAUCGCAUCAGCUUCUUUUAAAGUAUCACAACAUGGAAAUAAGCUUUUGUGAGACAAUGAAAUUCGCUUCGCGGAGUGGCAUCUCUUUCUAGGCCUCAGGAGUAACAAGUUUCACAGAGAGUAACAGAAGACUGGUCGACUCAGAGAGGGAACAUGGAGUACGACGGCAUGACUGCAUUGAACACCACCCAAAAUGCUCCCAAUGCGUCUGAAAUCAACUCAUUCUAUUUCUACCGGACCGAACAGCUGACGGUGCUCUGGAUUCUGUUUGCUAGCAUCGUCAUAGGGAACAUCGCAGUACUCCUAGCACUGAUUCCCAACAAAUCUCGCAAGUCAAAGAUGAAUUUCUUCAUCAAGCAUCUAGCUCUGGCAGAUUUGUCCGUUGGCCUGAUCAGUGUUCUGACAGAUAUCGCCUGGCGACUGACGGUCGUGUGGUACGCUGGCAACGCGUUUUGUAAGAUCAUCAAGUUCCUGCAAGCCUCUGUGACGUAUUCGUCCACUUACGUACUCGUGGCUCUCAGUAUAGAUCGCUACGACGCCAUCACGCACCCAAUGAAUUUCUCAGGAAGCUGGAGACGAGCGCGGAUGUUGGUUGGCAGUGCUUGGCUUCUGAGCUUCUGUUUUUCGGUUCCUAUUGCAAUCUUCUACGAAGAGAAGAAAAUACAAGAUGAAUUCCAGUGUUGGCUCGACUUCCCCCACCAGUACCACUGGCAGGUGUAUGUGACUCUGAUUGCCCUGACCGUAUUCGUCGUGCCAGCGCUCAUAAUCACAGCCUGCUACACGGUCAUCGUGUUCACCAUCUGGAGUAAGAGCAAACUGCUCUUACCGUCUGCAAAGAAAGCGCGCCACGUCAGAAACGGUGAACUCGUUACCGCUGACGACCCGAAUUCCAGGCGGGCGAGCUCCAGGGGACUCAUUCCCAAAGCGAAGAUAAAGACCAUCAAGAUGACAUUUGUCAUUGUCUUUGUCUUCAUCUUGUGUUGGAGUCCGUAUAUCGUGUUCGACUUGUUGCAAGUUUUUGAGUACUUCUCCAAAACGCAGACAAAUAUCGCAGUGGCCACGUUCAUCCAGAGCCUCGCUCCACUGAACUCGGCAGCCAAUCCUCUUAUCUAUUGUCUCUUCUCGACUAACAUAUGCAGGAGUCUCAGGAAAAUCCCACCUUUUGCGUGGUUGUCUUGUUGCUGGUCAAAUGAAAGUAGGGGAGUCGACCACCAGGGGCGCAGCGUGAGGUAUACUCAUACUAACACAGACACCAGCAUCGUGACGGAAACUUUCACUUCUUCAGCCAGACGUCUGAAUACUAUACACAGUUCAACCGCAAAUGUUCCCCUUGUACGGCAUGUCCAGCUGCGAACGCCUCCAGCAAACCUCAUCUCCAACACGAACCUUCACAGCAUUCAGACAGAUACUUCAAUAUUGUAAUCAUGUUGUGUGUCAAUGUUCAGAGUUAUUCGUGUGAAGUGUAACAACAUCCUUACCUACUUCCCUACUGAAAGUAACGUGACAUUUUUUCGUGUCGUGAAUAUCACAAGUAUACGAAGCAACACUGUACUGAAAUGCCAAAAGGACUGCUCAGAAUAUGCUAAGUCUGAACGAAAAGGCCUAUGUAAUAUUUUCUAAAUGUAUCUGUCUCACUGUCACAGUAUUUGUAUCAUACAUUACAACGCCGUAAAACGUAUCUAAAAUUAUCUGUAAGGGUGCUUCAGAUAGUGACGUAAAUCAUUAUGUCAUCAUUAGAAAAUAACAAUUUUCUGUUCCCAAUAGACGAUUGAAAAAAAAAAUGGCCGCCAUACCGGAUAUUUCGUUGAAAAUAUGGGACCGGAAUUUAUGACGUGUCAUCAGAGAUACUUUACAAAGAGUAUAUUACAUGAUCCGUUACUUAGAAUAUAAUAUUUUUCUAUAGAAAUUGAACAAAAAAUCAAUUUAUAAUUCAGAAUAUCGUUGAUUUGUAUAUGAAUUCAAUA